AUGCCUUCUUCAUUACGGUAUAUUCCAAUUCAGAUAAUAGAUAAUCAUCAAGGCAAUUAUAUGAUAACUAGACCAUUAUUCAAUAAUAAACAUCAACCAAGUGAUAUUAUAGCUAAACUUCCUAUAAUUAAACCUUCUGAUGAAGAUAAUUUAAAGAAACAACUAAAUUUAUCCAUUUCUGCUAGGGAAUAUUCCAAUUAUUCUGAUAACCAGAGGCUGACAACUACAAAUUUUGAGCCUCCAAUCAAUAAAAAUUUAUCACGAUUAAGUCAGGUACCUGCAGUCAUAGCAACUGGUAUUAGUCAUUGUGAAGAUACUACUGAAAACAAGAAGGAUUUGAAUUUAAGCAUUCCAUCUAAAAGUCAAAGAACAGAAACUGGUGAUUUCAACACAAUAAUGCAAAAUACUGAUGUUAAAUCAGAUUCACUUCCAUCAUGUAGCCAUCACAAUGACAAGGAUCUCACUACUGAAGUUGAUGAAGAUGAUGAAAGCAGUUCAGCUAGUCGUUAUAGUACUGCAAAUUCAUCUCCAUUUGAAGAGACGGAAUCUGAUGUGAAUAAGAAGACUGAAACAAACAAAAAUGACGCUUACAAUCAAGAUAAUAAUAAUAAUAAUAAACUUGAGAGGAAAUUGAACAAAUCAUCAGAGAACAUAAAAGUAGAAGAACAUUCUACAAAGCCAACAAUGAAUCAACAAAGUGUAACAUUAGAAUUUCGAACAAUUGUUCAACGAGAUGAAUACGGUUAUGGAUUUCGAGUCUGUGGAAACAAACCAGUAUCAGUUCACAAUGUCCGUAAAGAUGGAAAUGCUGAGAAAGCUGGCCUCAGAGCUGGAGAUCAGAUUAUUGAAGUGAAUGGUAUAAUGGCUGUUGACUUAAACCACGAAGAUGUGGUCGAGCAUAUUCGUUCAAAAAAUGAAGUCUGCCUAAGACUUAGACGGUUACGUUAUCAAGUAGUUGAUACCUUGACUGGAUAUCGAGUUGGUUCCAUGCGAAAUUUAACCUGUAAUGAAGCUCCACUUCUACGAUUACAACAGCGUUAUCAUUAUCAGAAACGUCGAUCAAUUCGUGAGUCAAUGACAACUGGUAGUACAGCGUCAGCUGUAGUCAAACGACGACCUCAUCUUGGAACACAAACAUUUAAAAUGGCUAGAAGUUGUUCACCACCUCCUUUAACAUCAGUCGAUUCGGUUAAUGAUCCACUUGGUCCACAUACAGAUGAAGAUAUUGACUGGAAUAAGGAAGAUGAGACCAAUUUGGAACCAAACCCUAAUUCAUCCCCUCAAGUGUCUCAACCAAAUGCAGCCAAUUUACCUCCAACGUCAAGAAUGGUUCGUCCUCGAUCAAGUAUUGGUCCCAGUGAUCGAGCGAAUAAAGAAAGGCCUGUCAGUUCAGGACCUGAUAUGUUUAGUCUUUUCAAGCGGGGUUCCGUAAAGGAUGUAAGCCAUCCAGAACGUGUAAAAGAAGAAGAGGAUCCACUAGAUGAAUCGUCUAUCAUUAAUAACAACGGUAGCGGUAGUUCUUCCAAAUCAUCAUCUCGAAUGUUUUUCUCAAGUCAUUCUAAGUCUGAUGGAAUUUCAGAUAAGAAAAACAUUAGCAGUCUAAAGGAUCCAACUCAUCAAUCUACGUUCCCUAGUAACUUACCACCUUCUGGUCAUGUAAUGGGUCGAAAUUUUGACGAUGAGGGUGAUUGUGAUCUUAGCAACGCAAAUGAUCUUGCUCACUUAUCAUCAGAAUUCAACAGUGCUACAUCAGUACUGAAUAGCCCAGCUAAAUGUGGUAUGUUUAUUGAUUACCUGUUCUCUCACAAACGGGAUCCUACAUGGACGUUAUUUUAUCUUGUCAACCAAUACUUUCAUCGAUCAAUUGCUGCAUCUAAAGAAUUGUGUAAAGAUGAGAAACGUGUUUGUGUUGAGAUAUUUACAACAUUUCUGCAUGAGAAGUCGCCUUUACGUUUAGAUAUACGAACUCCGGUUGUAUUGAAGGCAUUCGAUUUGAAUGAAUGCUCAAAAUUGUUUACUUCAAUUAGUCAAAUAUGCUUGAAUGAAAUACAAUCACAGGUUUCCAAAUUAGCAGAAGCGAUAAAUCUUGGUAUGGAUACAUGGUGCCUUUCAGAACCAAUAGAUUUUCUUCUUCUCCGUAACAAAGAAGAGGAAAUAGCAUCUUUUGAAUCCCGUCUAAGCAGCUACCUUGAAUCAUUGUAUCAUUUAGCAAUGGGUAGCUGCACGGAAAAUCCGGUGGCUCUUAGUAUUUGUCGACUGCCGAACACAGCAGCGACAAUUACAACUGAACAGAUUGCUCAGGCUAUUAUCACAUGUUUGGUUACAACUCAUAGGUAUUAUUCCAUGCCUCGUGUAUCGAGUGCAGAUUAUCCUGAAACUAGGGAAGCUGGACAUUCUAUUAGACACAGUAUUUUUGCAAGAUCAUUUGAAAAUCUAACCUCAUCUGCAUUGGGUAGUGCAGUCGGUUUAGGCAGUGUAUCUGGUAGUAUUGGAAGUGGACUAUCAUCUGCUGGUUCAAAUUUAUGGACAAAAUUGACUUGUUAUUGUACUAAAGCAAAACAAAAAUCUCAUUCUCUACUUAAUCGUAAAACAAAAUGGUCUCACAAAGGUCAUUCCUUCUAUGAAUACUCUUAUGAACGUAUUGCUGAAUGUGGUAUAUGUGGAUUUUUGUUAUGGGGGAUUCAUUCACAAGGUUUCUAUUGUAAUAAUUGUGAUCUAUUUAUACACUUGAAAUGUAAAAAUGGUAUACGAGAUCAGUGUAGUAGAGAAGCUCGUAGAACUGGUGGAGUAUCUUCAAAUGUUUUAAAUGGUAUUCUGGUACAGCAAUCAAAUGAUUCAUUGAAUAGAAUAUCCCUUCCUGUUGCUCAGAUUGGUUCAAAUGAUUCAGUUUAUCAUAUAACUGGAGCUGACAAUCCAUCUGAAGUUAUUUCAACGCUAGAUGAAACUCUGAAUUUAUCUGCCCAGGACUCUGCUAAUUCAGGGAUUAUAGAAACAUCACCAACAUCUAACACUUUAAGUAGUGGUGGUGGUAGUGAAACAUGCACUAAUCUAUCAUCACCUAUAUCAUCUUCACCUGUAUCGAUAGGUGGUGGCAUUAAUGUUAACCACAGUCCUAUGGAUUUAACUUCACAAACUGGCAAUCAUUUAGACAAACCGAAAUCAAGUGGAGAUGAAUUUGGAAUAUCGGUAAAUGAUCCACGUUAUGUUAAACAAAUGAAAAAUCUUUAUGAAGGAAGUGAAGCAAUUCAAGAAACAGCACCAUUUUCUCGAAAUGAUAGUAUCACUUCGAAUGCAUCAUCAUCAUUAUCUACUCUGCCUAUGUUGAGCACGUCUUCAUUUGAUCGUUGUUCAGCUGAAAUUCCAGCACCACCACCACCACCGCCGCCGCCGCCGCCUCAAUCAACAUCGUCAUCCUGUGGCAGUUCCACAUUGAAUGUCAAUGAAACUGUACGUGAAUUGGUCAGCACAGAUUGGAGUGAUGAUCCAGAGAUGAUAGCAGGAGCAAGUUUUGAAGCAGCUGUUGAAUUACGAGCUCAAUUCCCUAACUUUCAUAUGCCUAGUAAAACAAAAACGGAUCAAGGUUAUUGUGGUAUGGCUGAAGCUGUUUAUGCAUGGUUAACUGAUAAUUCAUCAGCUAACCUAAAAAUAUGGGCGCGUCAUUGUCAAGCUUUAUCAUGUUCAAACAUGCUAGAUGGUGUUCGACAUUCUGUUCGAGAUUAUGUUCGCCGACAUCCGGAUAUCGUGCCUUUAUUACAAACUCGACAUAAUAAAUUUAUACUUAUCGAAGGUUUAAAACAAAUGCGAAUUCUUUACUUCAAUUUACCUUUGAUUGCUAACAAUAUUGCAAAAGAUUUAGAAAAGAAAACUAAAAAAUAUAAAGCUGAGGCUAAAAUUUGGCAACAAAUUCAACUGAAACUUGCUAGUCUACCACAAACUAUUGAUAAUGUAUGUAUGCCUCUUGUAAAAUGCAUUAAUCAAGGUCAAUUGUGUACUACAUUGGACAAAAAAGAUAUUUUAUCUAAACCACUUCCUGAUUUACUACUACCAUUUCAGCAUUUACUUUUGAAUUUCCCUCGAGUUUUAUUUCAUCAUUGGGUUGUAGCUCAUGCUGAAGUCACUGUAGAUAAAUUAACAGCUAAUCGAUCGAAUAAAGUGAAUCAUGAUUUAUUUGUGAAAGAACAGAUAUUUAAAGAUAAUGAACGUUAUAUUUUACGAGGUUUUAAAGCUGUUCGAGAACAAGGUGGUGGUAGUAGUUGUGGAAGUUCUGGAACUACUGGAAGUUGUACAGAACGUGUUUCAAGUUUUGGAUCAUCUAGUACACUUACCGAGAAAGAAAGACAAAAUUUAAUCAAUAUAUCUGGACAUUCUUCUAUCUCAUCAAAUAGUUCAAUUAGUUCUGUUCUAUCCAAUUCAAAUGUUCAAUCGCAUACUAGUCUUGUAUCUGCAGCUGCUAAUGCUGCAGUUGCAAGUAUGACUGAUCGUUCUUCAACAUCAGGAAGUUCUAAACUUGUCCCCAUUUUCCCAUUGAUAGAUGUGUUUACUUCAUGUGGUGAAAAAUUUGGUGGUGAUCAUUUGUUAAAUAUUGUUUUCAUGAAACAGACAGUUUUAAUCCGGUUAUUAUUUUCAAAAGAGGAUGAUCGACAGAAAUGGUCAGCUUAUAUACAAGAAAAUAGUGUAACUACACAAAAUAUUGAUCGACAACGUGUACUGAAACCAAGUGCAUCAUCAUCAUCAUCGGCUCAAAAUCAACCAUCUGUAACUUUAUCAUCACCAUCUGAAUCAUUAAUCUCUAAAAAUCCAAAUAUCCUACCAGUUACUAAUGAAAUCUCUGUUAUCACUCCUCAACCAUCUACACAAAAUUUGAAAACAUCAUUUACUAAUAUGCUGUCUAUAACAGAACCGAUUAGUACAGAUUUACUCAACAAUGAAGAUAAAUCUGUUCUACAAAUUGAUGGUAUUAUCAAUAAUCCGACUAUUUGUUCAAAUGAUGAGACUAUUUUAUUUGUAGAUAAAUUACAAACUGCUAUGAACGGAUUGUUGGAUCAAACACGACGCAUCAUAUGUGAAAAAUAUAACAUCUCAAAAGAUGAAUUAUUUACUGUAAUGAAAGAGACUGAUGAAAAUGUUGAGGAUGUCUUGAAUCCAGGGAAGAUUUUAUUAUUUCAAAUUAAAUACUUUUCAAAAUGUUUUACUUUAAUAACUCGAACACUUGCUCCACAAGCUUCAUCAUCUAUUUUAAAUCAAAUUCAGAGUCAACUUGAAUCUGUAAACAAUGAAGAUUAUCAACAAUUUGAAGCAUUAAUACGACAAAAGAAACGACAAAGUUCUUUAUCAUGGACAGAAGGUUGUUUUGAUUCACUUAAUCGUAAUCCUGUAUCAAAGAGUAUAAGCAAUGAAGCUAUUCCUAGUUUAACAUCAUCAUCACAUUCAUCUAUUCCUGAUAAUUGUCAAACAGAUAUUAUCACUAAAACUACACAUUCUACUCAUUCAUCACCUAAUCUUUUCAAUUCUGAUAAUGAACGUAAUCGUAUUGAAAUUCAAGAUAGACGAAAAUCAAAACGUCGAUCGAAUAAAUCACAAACAAGUCCUGUUUUAAAUUCAAAUUUCACCUUUUUAGAUCAUUUAUUGGAUAAAGAAUUAAUUUCUAUGGCACCAUUAUUUGCUAAAUCUGUAAUGUGUUUAUGUAAGUUAACUCAUCAAGAGUUAUCUCAAAAAAGUUUUCUAAAUAACUCUACAAAUCAGAAAAGAACUUUAUCAAGAUCAUCUGUUCAAAUUGACUCACAAAUGCAUUGGACUAAAAAUGAUCCUAGUCAAAAUGAUAGUAAUGAAAAAGAUGAAGAUGAAGAAGUUAAAACAUUGGCUAAUUCUAUUAUUGAUUUAUCCUCAGCACCAACUUGUAAUACACUAAAUUAUGAAUUGACCUCAACUGAACUAUCCAAUGGAAUAAAUACUGAAUUCAAUCUCACAAUGGACCCAAUACUGGAUAGCUCAGAGUAUGAUAUACAAGAAGCUGCUAGACAGAUUGUAUCCGAUGUAUUGGAGAAUGCUAAGAAUUUUAUAUCAAAUCAUAUAAAGACAGAUAAUGAAGAUCAAAAGACACUGAGUGUUAUUCGUGACAGUGGAUGUGCACCAUCGGCUACAGAUGACGACGACGAUGAUGAUGAUGAUGACAAUGAAACUGUUGAAGACAAAUCUGAAAAUCAUACCAAUGAUAAUGAUAUGUCAACACCUGAGCAUUUCUCUAGUUCUGAAAUCAUUACUCCUAAAUCUCUACAUAUUUCCAAUGUUUUGGAUGAUGAUGAAGUAUUGAAUGGAACCAAUGUAUCAGAUAAUCUACCAUCUUUACAAGAUGAUCUUUUGAUGACUAAUAAUACAAUGGAUACAGUACAUCAGACAGUUGAAUUAUCAUUACCUGAGUCUAUUAUAAUAUCUGGAGCUACAAAUAUCGGUCGUAAUGACUCUCAGAAGUCGACUACAUCAAGUGGUUAUGUAGAUUCUGGUGAUGAUUAG